GGCCAUGGAAGAAUCGAGAGUCCUCGAAUACGAAGGGGCUCGGAUAAGCUCAACACUUCCCUUAAUCACAUAGGUGAUACAUUUGAGGUGAGAGCAUCUGAAGAUGGUCGAACCAUAGUGGGAAGUAAAACCCAUGAUAUCAUCCAAGAAACGCGCAAUCUUAAAAUCCGGAGGAAAGGGAGCAGUCCCAGGGCAGAAAAUCAGGUUCACGGUCUAAAUUGCACGUUGCAGCAACCGACACAACUCCAAAUUCAAACCAACAAUCAAAACCAGAUCAAGGCAUCUCGCGACGUUGCGAUGGCCACGGCAGCUAAAGCGAAACUGCUUCUCCGGGAGCUGAAAUCUGUUAAAGAAGAUUUAGCAUUCGCAAAGGAACGAUGUGCUCAACUAGAAGAGGAAAACAAGAUCCUUCGGGAGUGUAGGGAGAAAGGGGAUAUUCCUGAAGAUGAUGAUUUGAUUCGGUUCCAACUAGAGAGUCUGUUGGCAGAAAAGGCACGUUUGGCGCAUGAGAACUCAAUAUACGCGAGAGAGAACCGGUUUCUAAGGGAAGUAGUGGAGUAUCACCAACUGAGCAUGCAGGACCUAAUGUACUUAUACGAGGGAGUUGAAGAAGUUACAGAAGUUGGAUAUCCCUUUAAUUUCCCUUACUCAAGCAUGCUCUGUGAAUCCCCGACGUCGCUGUCGGAGGUGGCGGAGCUCAGCCCUCCAUCUUUGGCAUCUAAGGAGGGGACCAUGAAUAUCACUAGUCCGCCACUCGAAGCCGAUAAUGUAGCCAACUGGGAACUGAUCCUAUCCCACCAUCAGCAUCUAAUCAUGGAAGAGAAACACCACCAUCGGAAUCUUCUUCCUUGUUUAGUUUUUUUCCUUUAUAUUUGUGUUAAGUGA